AUUAUGGAUGCUACCAUUGACCGGAGAGGGAGGUGGGCAAGGAAUUACCAGAGAACUCAACUCAGCCCCUUGGGAAGAGUUCCCGACCACCUCACUCAGAGAGAGAAAUGGAAACUACCUUUAGACUCAGCUGUGGAAGAGGAUGGAACAUACCAUCAAGCACAACUGGGAGGGGGGUGCAGCUGGCAGGGGGAUGGAGGCAACUCCCUCCAGAAUCAUGUCUUGAGUGGGGAGAGAUCAUCAAACUGGCACGUUCCCCUGGGGAACAGAACAGGGCACCACUCAGAACAACCAGGCCAAGUUGCAUCACAGCUGGGAUCUCAAAGUCAAAUGCCCAGGUCUGGCUCAAUUCUGCAAAUCCAUCAAUCUUCAAGUCAGCUCCAUAGGCAAGGUCAGGUUAAAUUGAAUAUCCUCCUAGCACAGCUACUUACAGGAAGACUGCUCUACUUUAAGGCUAGGAGACUAUGAGAAUAAUUAGAGGGGGCUGUUCACUCUGAAUGCUAAAUUUGUUCCUUGCCCAGGACAGCUGCAGGAAUCAGAAACUUGAUUCAAAUGUUAUCGGAUGAGUUAGAAUCCAAACCAGAGCUGCUGGUUCAGUUUGUUCAGAAUACAUCUAUUCCACUUGGGCGAGGGCUGGUGGAAUCAGAACCUAAAAGCAUCACCUGUCUCUCCCUGCUUCCUGUUACUGAGACCUCAGAAUGCAACAGGCUGAUGUUGCCAGAUGAUUCUCCAAAUCAUGCUAACUCCUCCAAAGAUGUUCCUUCAUCUGCUGUCUUGAGAAGCCUCCAGGUAAAUGUAGGCCCUGACGGUGAGGAGACGAGAGCACAGACUGUACAGAAACCAUCUGAGCUCCUGUCAAGUCCAGAGCCUUCCAGCUUAUUGCAAGACCUCCAGCCCAAUGACAGCACUUCCUUUAUUCUCCUCAAUCUAACAAGAGCAGGCCUGGGUUGUCCUGCAGAACACCUGGUGUUUGUUCAGGAUGAAGCAGAGGAUUCUGGGAAUGACUUUCUGUCCCAUGACAGCACAGAUAGCAGUACCCCAUGGUUCCUACGAGUGCAGGAAUUGGCCCAUGACAGUUUGAUUGCUGCCACUCGAGCACAGCUUGCAAAGAAUGCCAAAGCAAGCAAUAAUGGUGAGAGUGUUCAUCUUUGCUCAGGAGAUGGGCAGACAAAAGAUUCAAGCCCCAUCCCUCACCUGUCCCGUGUAGAGAAGAAGCUGAAGUGCACAGUUGAGGGCUGUGAUCGGACAUUUGUGUGGCCAGCUCACUUCAAAUAUCACUUAAAAACUCAUAGGAAUGAUCGUUCCUUCACCUGCCCAGCGGAAGGCUGUGGGAAAAGCUUCUAUGUCCUGCAGAGGCUGAAGGUGCACAUGCGAACUCACAAUGGCGAGAAACCAUUUGUCUGCACUGAAGUGGGCUGUGGGAAGCAGUUCACAACGGCUGGGAAUCUGAAGAACCACCUGCGGAUUCACACUGGGGAAAAGCCCUUUCUGUGUGAGGCACAAGGAUGUGGUCGUUCCUUUGCUGAAUACUCCAGCCUUCGGAAACAUCUGGUUGUCCACUCAGGAGUGAAACCCCAUCAGUGCCAUAUCUGUGGGAAGACAUUUUCUCAGAGUGGAAGUCGGAAUGUGCAUAUGAGAAAGCACCACUCCAGAAUUGGAGCAGCUGGAAGCAGAGAGCGAGAGCAACCUGAGUUGCUGAUGGGCAGCAGUUUGCUGGAGGAAGCAGCUGUGCACAGUAAGAAUCUGAUCUCCAUGAACUCUCAGCCUCGCCUUAGUGUGGAGUCUCUGCACCUGCCGGAUACUGAGUCUAUUAUUGGAGUAGAGGAGGAGGUUCUUGCUGAAGCAACACCAGGCACCCUCCAAUCAGCAUCUGAUGUGGUUUUGCCACAGUCUCAUCACUUGGUCACCAUGUCUGCAGGUAGACACUCCUAUGGGGUGUCUGCAUUACUACAGUAAAUCUACAGUUACAAAAGGAAGAAGAAACCAAUUGUAUAGUAAGAGAAGACACGGAAUGUAAAGUUAAAGAACAGACUUCUGCAUGCUGAUCUCUUAAAGGAGAGAUGCAGGACCUGAAUCCAGAAUACAUGAUGUGCAGGCAGCUUACUUUUUAUGACUUCCUGCAACAAAAAGGAAACUGUAAUCCAGAAUGGGAUAUGAGAUGUAGAACAUGAGUUCCUGAUGACUGAAGCAGAUUCUUGAAGCUAAAUUCAGGAGCUACUAAUCAUGUUGGACUGGCAAGUGGGACUUUCUAAUCUUGCCAACCGGGAGGGAUGCAGCACUUGCAUCACUGCAACCUCAAACCACUUUCACCUGAAGCUUGUUCGCAGGCUCCAACAUUUACAAGGCAUUAUUAUUGCUAAAGCAACUAAUAGGGGCUUUUCUUAGAGGAGAAUAUUUAGGGUGUAGUGGAUCCUAAACCAGAGCAUUGCAGUCCUAUUGUUUUGAAGGUUAAUUUCUAGGGUGACCCUAACUAGAAUAUGAGGUGCUUCCUCGAGGAGCAGGAGCUUCUCCACCACUCUUGCUUGCUUCAUGAAAAUAUGUUCCCUAGAGUUCCACCUUGCCCCACAGUCUGAAGCCAGACACAAGUUAGAGGAUUACCUCAGAACCAGCUCUGCUUUGCUCCAUAUUUCUUCAUUUCUAAAAUGCUUAUUAGUGUUUAGGUUGUUUUUUUUUAUUUAAAAAUCAGAGGUAGAAGAUUUUCAGUGUUUAUUGUAAAUAAACAGCCUGUUUAGCUCUUUGGCUUCUGA